AUGGCUACCCCUAGUGUCCUCACUUUUGACGCUGAGGGUCGAGCCAUUGACUUUGAGGUCUGGGUCGACGACCUGCAGCUGUUUUUACAGUGCGAUAGGGCGGACGGUCUUUCUCUCUUUGACCUCACCUCUUGCGCCUCUCCUACCCCUGCUGCUGAUGCUGACCCCACUGUUCGCUCUCAGUGGGCCACCCGCAAUGCUGCUGCACGUCUUGCUGUGCGUCGCCACCUGCCUACCACUGAGCGCGCGCACUUUAGUCAGUACAAGAGUGCUCAGACCUUGUACGACGCUGUAGUUGCGCGCUACUCUUCCCCUGCCACUGCUGCGCUGAGCCGCCUCAUGCUACCGUACCUAUUUCCUGACCUUGCUGCCUUUCCCACAGUCGCUGACCUCAUUACGCACCUCCGCACUAGUGACACUCGCUACCGCGCCGCGCUUCCUGCUGAGUUCUGCGCCAAGAACCCUCCCCCCAUGUACAUCACUCUCUAUUACAUAGUCACACGCCUCCCUGACUCCCUUCGCGUAGUCAGGGAACACUUUCUCUCAGUCUGUCCCACCACUCUCACUGUUGACCUCCUCGAGAAGGCCCUCCUGGCGGCGGAGAAGAGCAUCGUCGCUGUAGGAGCCUCUCGGGGUGACCUUCGCACCCCCAUCUUUGAGGGGUGUUCUCCUUCCCCCCUGCUGCCCUCUAUUGCCUCUACUGCUGCUGCCGACCUGCUUGGUCUUGAGUCGGUCGGCGCGGCGUCUGCCCCUAGCGGGAGACGCCGACCUGGCAAGGGCAAGGGGGGCAAGGGCGCGGGUGGAGCUGGCGGGGGCGGUGGAGGUGGCAGUGGAGGCGGCGGAGGGAGUGGAGGUGGCGGUGGGAGUGGUGGCGGGGGUGGUGGUGGUGGUGGCGGCAGCGGAGGCGGAGGCGGCAGCGGAGGCGGCGGUGGUGGCGGAGGUGGAGGCGGCGGUGGCGGAGGGGGUGGAGCUGGUCCGUGUGGUGCCCCGCAGCGGAGUGGCUCUGGUGGUGGUCAGCGCCAGCAGCAGCAGCAGCGUUCUCGGGACAUCCCCCCGCCUCAGCAGCUCCGUGAGUGGUACACGCAACGUCAGCGUGGUGGGAGUUUUGGUCCGUGCACCUACGUCCUUCGUUCCGGCGACCGCGCGGCUAUCUUUGAUCUUGACUUAGAUGCUAUCCUUGCUGCCAUGUACGCUGUGACUAUUAGUGAUGAGGGUGACUGUUACCGGUGUUUCCCGCCCGACCCGGGCAUUGGUACUGCUGCGCUAGGUGCUUGUGAGGCUGCUGCUCUUGGUGCCAGUGCGUUUGCGCUCUCAGGUUCUGGUGAGGCUCUGCUCUCAGGUACUGCGUCGGCUUCGGCCUCCCUCACCUUCACACUUGACUCAGGGGCUUCUCGCUCCUUCUUUCGAGACCGCACCACACUCACGCCGCUUGGUCGGCCGGUUGCAGUCUCCCUGGCUGACCCCUCUGGGGGUCCUGUCCUUUCUCACUUCUCCACUGUCCUCCCGUGUCCGGCUGCUCCAUCGGGCACCCUGUCUGGUCUGUACCUCCCCUCGUUCUCGACGAACUUGGUGAGUGGUGCUGACCUGCAGGAUGCGGGGGUUCACCAGUUUACUCCUGCGAGUCAGCGGGUGACCCACUGCUCGGACGCCCGCAUAGGCCGACACCUGGCCACGUUUUCGCGUCGGCCAGGGUCGAGUCUCUACACCCUGAACACUGAGUCUCCUCCUGUCCCUGCGUCUAGCCAGGUAGCUGCGUCGGGUCAGGUGUUUGCUGCUGCGUCCAGGACCUUCCUGUGUCCCCUGUGUCGAGGGGCGGCUCCGAGCUGCCCCUCACUCCUCCCAGUUUCCCCCGACAGAGGCUCCUCUGCAGACGCUUCACAUGGACGUGUGGGGCCCGGCCCGCGUCCGUGGACAGGGUCACGAGCGCUACUUCCUGCUGGUAGUUGA